AUUGUGAUUCAUUCAUACUCACAAGACGAGAUUUGUUCAUCAGCAGAUAUUUUGUUUGAUAGUUUACGGAAACUAGAAAGUGUUUCUAAAUAUUUAGUUUCUAUUAAAUAAGCAAAAUGGAUUUAGCUCGACUGCCGAACGAUAAGAAACUGCAACUGUGCCGAUGGUACUUCAAAGUGGGCUGCCUGCUACUGCCAUUCGUGUGGGCGGUGAAUGCGAUCUGGUUCUUCAAGGAGGCGUUCAUGAAGCCUCCAUACGAUGAACAGAAGCAGAUCAAGAAAUACGUCCUAAUGAGUGCGGUGGGAGCCAUAGCCUGGGUGGCGGUGUUCGCGAUCUGGAUCACGGUGUUCCAGCUGCAGCGCGUGUCGUGGGGCGCCACGGGCGACGCGCUGUCCUUCAUAGUGCCGCUCGGACGCGCUUAGAGAGAUGAGGAGCUAAUGUGAAGUGCAGUGAUAGUGUGUGAUGGGUUACGGCCGAAUUUGAUAACUGUUCUUAAUCCAAAAUGUUCUCGACUUUAGUUAGUACAAGCUUU